AUGUCUGACAGUCAGGACGGUCGUAUUUUACUGGCAGAUUAUCCAAAACUACCACUUCCUGAAGAUCGAACCGAUUUUCUCGUUCAAGAGUCGUUGGAUUUUGCUCAUGUUGGUUCUAGUGACUUCAAAUUUAUUCAAGAAUUAUCUUCAAAAAAAAAUUCAUAAUUCAGGCACAUGGAUUGGUUAUGAGAACUCCACAACAUAUAGACCGAAGUGAUGUCUGCCAAAAUACUCCGAUCGCACUUUUACCCUCUGCUUUUCCAAGAAAUCUCUUUGAAAAAGCGGUUAAUGUACAAAAUGUUUGUUCUGAACCUAUUUUAAGUGUUAAAUUAAUGUUCUUGCAGCUGAUUGCUGCGCUAUAUCACGAAGUAGCCUACGACUACGAUUUUCUGAUGAAAACCCACGAACAGGUCAUCAAAACCGACGUUUUUACCAAAAAUUUGGUUGAAAUCUUCAAGAAAGUUCAAGAAGAAGGUGUGUUUUUUUCGUUAAUGGAAAAUGCGUAAAAAGAGAUUUUUAAUCAAUAUUUUAAGCCUUUUUUUAAUAUUUAGGAAACGCCCAGCCGGUAUCAUUGGCGAUUCAGCGUUCAGACUACAUGUGUCAUAAAGAUCAGUUUUCAGCCGAGUAUACUUUGAAGCAGGUCAAUUUUUUGAAGUCUAUGCUUUUUAACUGGAAAAAUUUCAGAUUGAGGUCAACAAUAUUGCAUCUAGCAUGGGUGCUCACGCUGAAAGGGUUUGUUAAGAUAAAAAAAUAAAAAAAAAUUGGUUUUUCUCAAAGGAAAUUUGUUAAAAACUUUCUAGGGUCUUAUAAAACAUCAGUUUAUAUCAUUUCUAUGAUAGACAAAAUUUUGAGUGUCAUUUAACGUCUGCUGCGCCCUUAAAAAACUGAACAGAAACUUUAAAAAAAAAAAUAAAAUUAUAAAUUCAACAUUUUUAUUAAAGUUGCCAGCAAACGUGGAUAUAUUUUUGGCUUUUAUCCAAUUUCUGACCUUUUCCUUAAUUUCAAGGUAUCAAAAAUGCACUAUCGGAACAUGUCAAUUUUGGGCUACGAGAAGGCUCUGCUCAACAAAAGUUUGCCGAAAAAUGAGCCGAUAUCAAUGAUUGCCGAAGCGUUGUUCGUGGCUUGGUUAGUGUUAUUCAAAUGUUUUCUUUCUCAUACGAUUCAUUGCUUUCUUUAGUUGAAACGGAUCCUCAUUUUCUAUGUCGUUUCCAGGAAACACUUUGACAACCCAGCGGCGGUCGUUCUCGUCGUCGUGGAAACUGUAAACCAGAACCAAAUCGACCAGCGCGUCGUGGAGUAUGAGCUGGAGAAGCUUGGAGUUCCUCCAGAUCAAAUUGUCCGCCGGGACUUGAACCAGUGCAAUGAGAGGUUCAAAACAACGAAAAAUAGCUUGUGUAUUAAUUAAAACUUGUCUGGUUUCAUUGAAAAUUCAAGUCAGAAAUGCGAAAAAAAAGCGAUUCUUAAUGUUUUCCGUUCAAAAUAGUUCAAAACUGAGAAUUAUUUCCUUCUGAUCUAUAAGCCUCUUUCAUUUGGAUUUUCUUAUCCUUGAAAUAUUUUUUAUCUACUUAUCACGCUUUUGGUUCUAUUUUUAGGGAGGCCUGAAAAGAAAGAAGCCGAAAUAUUUUAACACAUACUUUUUUCUCGAGUAAAAAGUUCUAUGUUGACAAGAGUCUAAAAAAUUGAGCUUCAUCAACUAAAUUUGAAAUUUCCGAAAUAAAGAAAAACUUUUUGAAGCCUCCGACUAUCGGAAACUCGCGGUUUGAUGUACCAUGGCUCAUUUGUCGCAGUCGUUUAUUUCCGGGCCGGUUAUUCGCCUGAUCAUUAUCCCACUCAAGCAGGUUCAUUUUUCCGCUUUUACAAAUCAGAAAUCGAGCUCAACUUUAACAAAACCUGAAAAUAUCAAUGAAUAUUUGCUCAAUCAGUUUCUGAAAGCUGUGCGUUUUUUUUUUCAAUUUGAUCGUUUUUUUUUUGCUGUAAGUUUAAAGUCAGCUUGUCAGCGAAAAUGAAAGUUUUUUAUAAAUGAAAACCUUUCUCAAGUACCAUAACUACUGUAAUCGACAUGAAUGAAUAUUUUUCAAAAAAACCAUCUUCAAUUUCAAACGUUUCAACCUUUCAUUUCAAGAAAUCCCAAUCUUGAGUAUUCCUUCUUUGUUCAUAUCGCAUUUUUAUCAAAUCAAACACCAAAUUGGACUUCAAAACAAGAUUUUCCUAACCAAACUUUUAAUUAAAGAUCUCUCGAAUCCAAAUUUAAAAGAUUGAACUCCAACCCAAAAUUUCCAAUACUGAAACAAGUUCUGGAUUGAAAGUCUGAUUUAAACGACCAAAAAACAAGACUUGCAUAGGUUCUUCCUAUGCUUCGUUUUUGAAAUUUUCCUGAGAUGCGAUGAAAUUGAUUAACUUGAAAGGAUCCCAGAAUGGGACGCGCGACUACUGAUUGAACGGUCGACGGCGAUCAAGGCCCCAUGGAUCGGCCUGCAGUUGGCCAACACCAAGAAGACUCAACAAGUCUGUUCGAACAGCGGAUUUUCUGUUACCGUAUCUUCGGUUAGGUCCUGGCGGAGGACGGAGCCGUUGAGAGGUUCAUUGGACAUCCGAGAGAAGCUGCCGCCAUCCGCUCCACCUUCGCGGGUCUCUGGGCCAUCGAUCAGAACGACCCACUCACGAGGAAGAUUGUCCAGGUUUGUAAUGGGAGGGAAACAAAAAGUCUCAAAAAACUUGGUUUUAAAUAGUCAGACAGUUUUGUUCUUUUGAAAGAUUUGGGUAGAAUUCUGGACACAAUAAUACAAGUUUUAGCCCCAGGAAGGUAGUACUAACUUUAAUAUAGGAAAAAUUGAGAGGAGUGUCGAUAAAAAAUGGUCUGCCCAUGUAUGGUUUUAGGGCCACCCUUUUUUGAAAUUCGCUGAGAACCCAAAGUAUGAGCUCUAAGGAAUUACUGGGAACUCGUUGUCAGAUUAAGAAAUGUACUCCUUGAAACAUUUCAAACGAUUCAUCAAGAAUCCAAUUAGGGGGCGAUCAACCAUCCUUCGCGAUUCGUGCUGAAGCCUCAGUUGGAAGGCGGCGGCGGCAACUUCUACGGCGAGCCGAUGGCAGAGAAGCUGAAGACGCUGGAGGGCGAGGAGCGCGGUGCCUACAUCCUCAUGGAACGUCUUCAGCCGCUCGUCGUCGAGGUUAGAAGACGUCGAUGAGAGCCGGACAGACUUCGGUUCAGAACUAUCUGAUCCGCGCCAAUCAACCACAUCCGCUGUCGAAAUGCGUCAGCGAGUUGGGCAUCUACGGCUACGCGUUCGGAAAACGCGGCGAGUGCGUCACCAAGACGGGCGGUCAUUUGCUCCGGACCAAGGGCGAAACUGUCGAUGAGGUGAGACUGGAACUGUUGGUUUCAGAACUGGGGCAUUUCAAAAACUAUAAAAGGCCGUUGAAAAAAAGACGUUUCAAAUAUUCAAAAUUUGAUUUUUUACAGGGAGGAGUCGCCGUCGGCGCUGCGGUCAUCGACAGCCCCUUCCUCUACGACCAAUUGUAA